CUGGCAAUCACCACCACCUCCUUCCGCUGCAGACCUCACCGUCCUCCUCUUCGUCGGCGGCUUAGUCAUUCGCACGUGGUUACCACCUCAACCUCAACCUUAACCUUAAUCCAGCCACUCCUUCGUCCACACCCUACCCUCCACACCUCACCACCCCACCAACUCAAGGUCCUCUACGGCGCAAAAAAUGCCCAACACCACCCCCUUCGCCCCCUCCACCAACGUCUUCGCUCCCCUCACCGCCCUCCCCACCUCCACCACCACCCCCCCACCCAUCGCCAUCGAAAGACUGGAAACUUUCACCCUCUCACCCGCCGCGUCAAACCAGCCCACGAAUACGCCCACGAAUACGCCCACCGAGCCCCCACCCAAACCCAAGAAGAAAGCCCACCGCAGCGCCCGCGGCGGCAAGAAGAAGGCGCCGAAAAAGCCCCUACCCGACACAUCCCCUUCUCCCCCUCCUCCUCCGCCACCGCCUGUAGCGAAAGACACGACUGCGUUCCUCGCCGCAUGGACGACGCUCGGCGCGCAGCUCUGCGCCAUGGGCCCCGAAACGCGGCGCGCGCGGGCGCGGGAGCUGGCCGGGGUGUUGCGGGGGCCUGGUUUUGAUCCGGGACGGUUUGGGGGAUGGCCGUGGGAUGGGGAUGCGGAGGAGGGGGAUGGUGGGGAGGAGGCGGAGGAGGUGGAGUGGUAUGAUGCGGGUGGCGGGUGA